AUGGAUUGGAUCGAGGAGAAGACCUGUCUACGUUUCGUUAAGCGGGCCCGCCAGAAAGACUAUGUACGCAUUGUAUCCAAAAAAGGGUGCUACUCGUACAUAGGCCGCAAUGGCGGUCAGCAAGAGUUGUCCUUGGGAAGCGGCUGCCACUUCGUUGGCACAGUGACGCACGAGCUGCUGCAUGCGGUGGGCUUCUUCCACGAGCACUCACGUCCCGACAGGGACCACUACAUCAACAUCUUCCCAGAAAAUAUUAUAGAGGGGUUCCUGUCAAGCUUCGACAAGCUGGAGCCUAGUGAGGUCCGCUACCUGACAAAUUUCGACUACCAGUCGGUGAUGCUGUAUGGCUCGGACGCAUUUUCCCGUGGCCCCGGUCUCCCUUCCAUGCUGGCAAAGGACGGCAGAAAGCUCAGGGAUGUCUACGACAAAAUAGGGCUAAGCCAGAUUGAUAUUAUUCGCAUCAUUGGUCUGUACAAUUGUACGCAGACAUAACUGAACUUUGUGUGCCUGAGGUCAUUUAACAUUUGUAUAUCUUGCCCAAGGAGCGAAGAAUUCAUACUAACGUGCCUUUAAGAAGAUGUCACACGAAGUAAACGAUGUGAAUAUGCAUAGAGAAGGAAAUAGCUACCGGUAGAAAAAACUGCGGCACUUUUGGACCUCACUCGACGGUCCACUCCUGAACGAUAAGAGGUGCUACCCAACAAUGCGAAUACAGUGUGUUAUGCCCUCGUAGAAUAAAUGUUAUUGACUCACCUG